AUGGGGUUGACCGAGUUACCGAGCGAUCUACUCGCGGCGACGCUGCAGUUCGCGGACCAUACGACUCUGCUGCAUCUCGAGACUGUGAGCCGCCACUUGCGAGACACCAUCGUCCACUGCUAUUCCUGGAAGGCCCUAGCGCAGCGGGUGGCUCUGUAUGCAUGUGACUGUAGCACUCGAAGCUCUGUCGACUGGAAGCGCUUGGCGUUACUGACUUAUCGCCCCGCGAGCGAGGAACUGUCGAUGCUGCGUCGAGUGCGAGAGUGUUCGUCAGUGGAUCACACGAACGAGUCAGCGGACAAUACGUUGACGAGGUCGCACUGUGGCAUUGGGGUGGCUCUGCUGUCCAAUACGGUAGUGGCAGACGACCCAUUGGCUUAUGAGGCAAUCGCUAAGAGACUCCAGCUGGAGUGUGGUUGUGCUAGAGGACAACCGUGCUAUUGGAGCAGUGCCUCGACGUGGGGAUACAACACGACAGAUUAUCUGGACUACACGUUAUGGGAAAACUGCCUCGUGAACAGUGUGCAGUUGGUACCGUACAGAGUUUUCUGGUAUCCUGGCAGCCCCACGUACUCUCCUAAACGGAUAUCUUUCGCUCUGUAUGAGUUGGGCGACGACGGAGAGAUCGGCACGCUGGUCUACGAGUCCAUGACGUUCAGUGUUGUCAAAGAUAUGAAGAUGCAAACGUUCGAGCUUCCGCUGCGGGUUUUUCUCUCACGUGGCGUCCUGCGAUUGAAUUUGUUCGAACGACAGGAAGAUAUUGGCCUCGAUGUGGCCCGGUGGAUGCAGGAGAAUGACUUGCCUCCGUACUAUACGUGCUUGAGUUAUGUAGGCGCCACGGGGCUUCUAGAGUCCGGGACACAACUGGGAUAG